AUGGGCGGAAAAGUCCUCCAAAGCAGCUCCAUGGCAAAUUUACCCACCGCCAAAAGGGCAGCUCCCCGCUCUCUCACCCAGUUCAAAAUAGGUCCUCCUUUCAGCCCCACCUCUUCUGUCUUACCCAUAUACUCUCUGACUGGAGCCGAAGUUGAACCGGUUAUCAACGCCAGAAGCGAUAGAGGCUUCGAUAGAGAAGAUGGCGAUUGGAUAGGCUAUAAAAGGAACUACUUUGCGUUGGUGGCCUCUUUCCACUUUCACGGUCAGUCGGUUGACAUAUGCUCUACUGAGUCCUUCUAUACUGUAGACGAAGAAGGAGAAAAGCACCAGAUCUCUUGCUUCAAGCUCGGUCUUUUUGACUACUGCUUGGAUACCGGGGAUACCGGCAAGUUUCUCGUUCAACACACAUCAAAACGAGACAAGGGGCCCCAAUUUCUGCCUCCAGUGUACAACAUUGUUCCUGGACUGCUUCCACUGCAUGGUUUCAUGAAGCUGAUCGCAAAUAUCCGGAAUCCCAACAGAAUUGACAAGUGCUACGAGCAGUUCUAUUUGACCGAGAAGGAAAGGAAUGAGGUCGAAAGUAGCAGUGCUUUGGCUUCGUACCCAGAAAAUGCAGAGAUAGCUCGUGUUGCUCGUUAUGAGAGAAUGCAGUUUCUGACGGUCAGCAAGCACUUUGUGCUUGGAUGCAAUCGAAAGUUCCGAUUGGUCAUCAGAUUGAUGUGUGAGUUGGAAAACGGCGAAACCAGGCUCUUGGCUACUUCAGAGACUCCAUGUCUCAACAUUCGUGGAAGGUCACCGAUGAACUACGUUUCGGAAGCACCAGCAGAGGCUGACAAGGAGAAUGAUUUUGGACAAAAACGCAGAUCUACUGAAAUGUCGCCAAUGGAGUAUUCAACCGCUACUGUACCGUCGAAACGUUCUUGUCUUCAUGCACAGGACCCUAGUACUUGGUUGCACCACUUGGAAGGAUUCAAAGGCAGGGAUCAAAAUCAUUCACAUGAUCACUCUGGAAGCAUUGAUAGAUCCAGCUGCAGACGAAAAAACCAGUAUCAGAUCUCCGACCCCAAUAUCGAUACUGCCCUUCUUUCCUCACCAGUGGAAUCACUGACACCAAGACAAGGCCAUAUAGUCACUUUGAAGCUUCCAGGUUCAAAACUCAAGGAUGCCUCCUUUUCGUCAAACCACUUGCAAGAGCAUGAUCCUGCCAAGGUCACACUCAACAUCAAUGGAAGUCCUAUGACCAGCAUGCCCAGCACCCCACGAGAAACAAACAGCUAUGGGUUCAGAAGCUCAGAAAUAGACCCGGCUUUUCUACAACAGGACAACGCCGUGAACGAUGCCGUGGAAGAAUACAGAAAAGUGCAGCAAGAGUUGAAGAUUCUAGCGCCAGAUCAGGAUUUCGAGCUCGACUUGCCUGUUCCUUUAACUGUCCUUCUGACCAAUGGAACCUCCGCAAAUAGCAGUUUUUUCAGGCUGCCUCCAGCCUCUAUGGGACAGCCUGAGCAGUUAUGCAAGCAUGGCUGCAAAAUGAGGACUGAGGAGCACGAAAAACUAACCAACCUUCAGUGGAUGAAUCUUCAAGCGGCCGAGCUGGAUCUGACAUCUUUCUUUGAGAAUAACACCGACUCCAGUCUCAUGAGAUUCCGCAGUCUGCUUUCCAGAAUCAAGGCAGAUAUCGCUCCUGUAACUGGAGAACUGUCACCACUCUCAGAUUUCAGCAACACCUACCUGGGGCCCCUAUGGUGA